ACAGAGAAAAAAGAUUCAGCUUGCCAAAACCACUAAACACAACAAAAUGGAUUUGAAAUGUUUUCUAAUCUCAGCUCUAAUCUUCUCUCGACUUUCAAAGUCUCCAAUACUGAUGAGUUUUGCUCAAAUCAACACUCCAUGUUCACCAACCAUGCUUUCUAGCGUUACAGGGUGCAUGCAUUUUCUAACUGGAGGUGCUAGUUCUCCAACUUCGGAUUGUUGUGGGGCCCUUAAAUCGUUAACCGGAACCGGUAUGGACUGUUUGUGUCUGAUUGUAACCGCAAACGUGCCACUCGAUCUUCCUAUUAACCGAACUCAAGCCAUCUCCCUUCCUCGUGCAUGUGGUAUCCCGGUUCAAUGCGAAGCUUCUUCAUCACUUCUUUAUUCUCCAGGGCCUGUGUCUCUCGGUCCAACCACUUCUCCUCCUACCCAAACCCAAUAUUAUCCUGAAGGCCCUGCUUCUUUCGUUCCGGCCACUUCUCCGACAAGUUGGAUGGAUCCUGAUGGCAUGACUGAUGAUGACACGGAUCUUCCCGGACCGCGCGAUGGAGGAGACCCGAGGGAGCCACCAAAGACUUCAGCUUCGUCGCCUUCCUCUUCAGACUCUCUCAAGCUUUCGCUUCUUCUCUUUGCUCUUUUCGCAUUUGGGUUCAUCAGUUUCUUCUAAUUCGCCUUUAUUCCAGUUUAUAUGAUCUGGUUAAAUAAUGUUCUAAAUUUUUAUAAGUAUUUGAUGUUACCUGUCUUCUACUAAUAAAGCA